AUGGAUGGAUAUCAACAACAACAGCAACAACAGCAACAACAACAACAACAGCACCAGCAACAAAUGAAUUCAUCUGGUCAACAGCUAUUAGGAUUGAGUGGUAAUGGAUUUGGACAAAUGUUACAACAAUCAAACUCCAUACCAAUUAAUAUACCAAUAAACUCGUCAAUGAAUAGUUCAUUUAAUACAUUUACCUCAACCAUAGAUGAAUCAAAUUCAAAAAAGAGAAAAAUUAAAAAUGAAGAUGGAACUUAUACAGAGAUACCUUAUUCACCAAACUCAUUAGUAUCGAGUACAAAUGGUUUAGAUACAACAGGUACAAGUGUUGGCAACUCAACUAGUAGUUUUUUCUCUACCUUUCAACAACAAUUACAGGAUCAACAACAGCAAAUGGCACAAUAUGGAACAAAUAAUAGUAACAAUAAUAAUUUUUUAGCUGCCCCACAACAAAUGCAACCACAACAGUCGCAACAAAACAAUCAACCUACACAAUUAUCAUCUUCAUCAAUUUAUCUUAUUCCUUCAAUUUCAGUUACCACUACACAACAGUCUGCCUAUUCACCACGCACCACUUCACCAAACCACUCUCCACACCAUUCACCAAUUCAAUCACCACUUCACUCUCCAAAUCUUCCAAGUGAUAACUAUUUAAUGAUUACCUCUGAAAAUGAAAACUCAGACCCACCAUCACCAAUGACCAAUUUUGGGGAAGCUCCACCAUUCUCGUGGACAGAUUAUAAAUCUGAGCCAUGGUACACAACCUAUAACACAAGUGGAGAAGAAAUGCCAACACCAGUUUUAAAUAUUAUAGCAUCAAAGGGCUUUUCAUAUCUUGGUGGUCAAUGGGUUUAUUCAAUCUAUCCUAAAGUCUAUGAAACUCAAUAUGCUCCUAAUGGUGUAACAUUAUCUACUUCUUCAUCAUCAGUCGAUCCAAGUCAAGCACCAUCAUAUAUGUUAAUUGAUGGUGUUAAAACCCCAAUUAAUGGUUUGACCCUUACAAUCAAAGGAAUUAAGAACAGAGCUGAUAUGUCUCAAUCUGAAAAUGAAGUAGAGCUUUUCCAAACCAAUUCAAAACGUGAAAAACAAGGUGAACAUGCACCAAAACCAGUUGCAAUUCAAUUUGGAUCAUUAAUUAGCAUUCAAAGACUUCAUUUUAGAAAAGCCACUCUGAAUAAUGCCCGUAGAAAUGGUCAACCAAAUCCUCAUCAAGAAUUUAAUCAAUUGGUUGUUUCAUUAUAUGGCCGUUGUAUGGCCCAAGAGUAUUGUAUCGUUUCAUAUGUUUCACCACCACUUAUUGUUAGAACUGCAAUCAGCUCACCAAGUGUCUCACCUGCUCCAACCGAUCUUUCACCCGUUCAUACACCAGAUCAUAGUGCUGGAUUUAAUACGUUCGGAACAAAUCUUACAACCCUUCAAGAUUUUUCAACAAUGAGACUACAAUCACCAUCACAUUCACCAGUUUCUCCACGUCCACUUUUACAAUUAAAUAAUAACCCUAUAACAUUAAAUAAUAAUAACUCACUUUUAUCAAUUAGUAGCAAUCACAACCAUAGCCACAACAAUAACAAUAACAACAACAAUAAUAAUACCCUUUUGAAUAACCCACUUAAUAGUAGUAAUAAUAAUAUAAAUACAAACAAAAUUAGUAGAUGCCAUUGGAGUCAGGGUGAACUCGAUAAAAGUAUUGUUUAUAAUGGUAAAGUUGGUAUCAAUGUAGACAACCCAGGUUUUGCUCUUUCUGUCCAAGGGACCAUUUAUGCCUCAGAAGGAGUUUUCCAUCCAUCAGAUUUAAGAAUUAAACACGAUUUAAAGCCUGUAGAGCCAAGACAAAGCCUUGAAAAUGUAAAUAGAAUGAGAUUAUAUGACUUUAAAUAUAAUCCACAAUGGUCAUAUCUAAAUGGUAAAGAUCCAUACGUUGAUAGCAAUGAUAGAGGUGUUAUCGCUCAAGAACUUCAACAAAUUAUUCCUUCAGCUGUACGUACUAUUGGUAAUAAAAAUGUAAAUGGUCAAGAAAUUGAAAAUCUUUUAGUAAUCAAAAAUGAGGCCUUGGUAAUGGAAACUAUUGGCGCAACUCAAGAACUAUCAAGACAAAUGAACGAAAUGAAACAAAAAUUAAACUCUUAUGAACAAAAAAUGAAAAAAUUAAAAAACAGAUCAAAAAACCAAAGUAUUGCAAUUCUUUUAUUUAUGUUUAUCUUUUUAAUAGCUGCCUAUUAUGUGUACACAUUAACCCCAGCCUAUGACAAUUUCAAUAAUACUAAGAAUAUAAAUAAUAAUAAUAAUGACUACGAAUAUACCCAAACUAGACCAAAAUAUCAUGGUAGAGAUCACAGAGAAUAA